AGUUAUUAAUAUCGUGGCGAGUAAAAAUAAUAUUAAGAUUACAUUUAAUAUGACAAUUUAAUAUGACUUGCGUCAUUGAUUAAACCAUGAGGAAUAAUUGAGAUAAAGUGUUGACAAAGUGUACUUGUGCAGUGUAUAUUCCCAUCUUUUGUAGAUGCCCAUCACUGAUUGGUGAUUUGAUACGAAAAUCAACUCGUCAUAUUUCUUGUGCAAGGAAAUGUUCUGAGCAAAAAAUGUUGUUAUGCCAGGCAUUAUGACGUCUGACAUGAUUUCGUUGAAUCGGUAAUUAACUGUUUUAAUUUAUCAUGUACAUCAAUUCAACUUAUUCAUUCGCAUCAUCGCAUUAUUAAGCGCAAGGACGCUAUUCAGUAAAGUUAGCGCAGGUGUGCCAUGUCAAAUAAUGCGUCGGCAAAUGAGAGCUAGAAUAAUGGGUGGGCACCCAUGCAACAGGCACAAUAAACAAAUUUUGGCCAAUAUAUAAGCGUGUCCGUUGAAAUGAUUGUCAUUGCGUAUCACGAUUCGUGAUUUCUCUCCGACGAAGAAUUGUUUGGCUUAACAUCCCUUCGAUCGCUUAUUCUCCCUCGCGAUGGCACGCGUUGCUCUUUUAGUGACCGUGCUGGCAGUCUUGUGCUACACGAGUCAGGCCAUCCCGGUGCAAAUUGAAAAUGUGGAAGGUACGCAAUUGUCCAAUCAAAUUACCGACAAGAUACAAGAAAUGCUUGACCGGAUUCCUGACGAGAUGAAAAACAAAUUCAAGGUUUUCGCGGACAAAAUCAUGGAACGUAUGAAACAACUCGGAAAACAACUUCAGGAAAAAAAAAAGAUCGCAGAGAAAAUUUUUGAGGAAAUUAAAGAGAAAUUGUUACAAGAGUUACAAAAAAAUAAAUUAAAUAUGAACGAAAUUAUUGAAAAGCUCAAGGAAUUGAAAAAAAAGCUCGAGAUAGAUUAUCAGUAUGCACAGAAUGAUGCAAGUCAAAAGAUUAAGGAUGCCUUCAGAGAGCACACUCUUGAAGAACUGAAGGAGAAACUCAAUUCACUUAACGAAGACAAAAAAAAAGAGAUCUUGGAGAAACUCAAGUUACUUAACGAAGACAAAAUAAAAGAGAUCUUGGAGAAGUUAUUAGGUAAGAGACAAAGCGAAACUUAUGGCGUCGGAAAAAAUAUCCUAGAGAAGGGCAAAGACGGUAUCCAAGACAAAUUGACGAAAAACUCGAAGAAGAUUAUAGGUGAUGCUGACGAAGCCUUCAAGAAACUACAAGAAAAUGUAAAUGACUUUAUGCAGAAGACUAAGGAAAUGAACGAAGAGAUGAGAAACAAUCUGGCGGAUCGUAUCAGUAAAGUGAAAGGAAAAGCGGAAGAGGCUGGAAAGAUAAAGGGAGCAUUCCGCAGCAUAUCCGACAAAUUGAAAAAUGGUAUUGAGAAGGCGAAGGGCAGUUUCAACAAAGGCAUAACGAAAAUUGUUAAAGGAAUCACUGAACUUCAGAAUGGACUCGGCAAACUGAAAGAAAGCGCAGGCGGCAAGGCGAAAGAGAUUUUCGGAAAGAUGAAGGAAGAAGUUGGUAAAAUGAAAGAGAAGUUGACGGAAAGAGCUGACGAACUGCAAGGCAAGGCAAAGCGCUCGAUCGAGAAUUUGAAGGAAAAAGUCGGCGAUCUAAAAGUGAAAUUAGAGGCUCGAGUUGGCACGUUAAAGAAGGACAUAGACGAUGCACGCGAGAGAAUAAUGAAGAAAGCCGGCGAAAUGAAAGAUAAUGUCGAGAAGAAAAGGGAAGAAAUCAGCAAACUGGUACAGAAGGAACUGAAUCUCUUAACCGAUAAACUGAAAGAUAUAAUGGAGAACCUUUUCGAGGAAACGAAGGAAAAAAUCAGCGAACUGAGUACGGAAUUCAAGGACAUAACUGCUAAAGUAAAAGACACGGUGGAAAAUAUUGUUGGAAAAGUGAAGGAAAAAAUCGGCAAUCUUGAAAAUGUAAUCGACGAACUGAAAGGAAUGAAAGGCAAGCUCACAGAAGAACUCGGCGAAUUGAAGAAGAAGUUGAAGAAAAUGGUUGAAUUAAACACAGACGAAUUGAAAAAGAUGGUGGGAGAUCUUAGCGACGAAACGAAGGAAAUAAUCGGUAAAAUGAAGAAGGAAAUUAGGGAAGAAGCCGGCAAACUGAGGGAGAAAUUAAAGGAAGAAGUCGACAAACUGAAGGGUGAGAAUGAUAAAAUUGUCAACUAUCAGCAAGCCGAACAGGCAGGCUUGGUAGGUGAAAUACUUGAUAAGGUCGGCGAUUUGAUAAAAAUCCUUCUCUGAAAUAUCUUAAUUUCUUCAAUAAUUUUUGACAUUUUACCGAAAUUACGCUCAAUGAGCGAAAUCUUCAAGUCUUGACAUUCAUUCUUUCAAUUAGUCUUUCUUGUGUGGCUUCUUCAUUCUAGAUAUUCUCACCUACAAUGUUAUUUCUCUCGUUCGAAUAUACAUAUCGUCCGAGUUACGUAACGCUUAACAAUUGUAAAUGAAAAUUUGUAAGCAAAAAAUAAAAGAUAUGUAUGCUAUAA